AUGGGCUCCCGGACCUCACUGAAGGCCUUCCUGGCCACGGCCCGGAAAGCCCUGGCAUCCGCUCCCCCCGAGCGACCAACUCCUUUGACUUUUGUGGUUGGAAACGAGUCCGCAGACCUCGACUCCCUUUGUUCAGCCCUGCUCUAUGCCUAUUUCCGCACUCACAUCCCGCCCCAUACUCUGCACAUCCCCCUCUCCAAUCUUCCUCGCGCCGACCUCGCCCUACGUCCAGAGCUCAAUGCCGUCCUUGCGCCAGCAGGCCUAACCACCAACGACCUCAUCACCCUGUCUGACUUACCCCCAGCCCCUUCAACCAACGGUAAUGGCACAAGCGAGGGGAAGCAUCCCCUCAGGCCCGAAGAUACCCGUUGGCUGCUCGUCGACCACAAUGUCCUUACUGGGGAGCUGGCCUCCCGAUUUCUACCCAAAGGCGGUGGGGCCGGGGCCGGCGGCGGCCGCAUCAUUGGUUGCGUAGACCAUCACGACGACGAAGGCGUUGUGCCUAAGGAGGGCAUCGACGUGCGAGUCUUCGCUCGAUGUGGCAGCUGCAUGAGCCUGGUGCUGGACCAGUGCAAAGACGUCUGGGAGCAGCUGAGUCGUGGGGACGCGAAGGUCUCUGCCGCCACCGGCCAGCGUUCGACGGUUGAUGGCGCGGAGUGCGAUGCGCAAAUUGCGUAUGUGGCGCUGGCGCCCAUUCUUAGCGACACUAUCAAUCUCACGUCGCAGGACAAGACGACAGAAUGGGAUGUAAAGGCAGUUGAAAUGGCCGAGGCAAAACUGUUGCAGGGCAAGAAGAGAGCCGGAGAUGCGUCGGCAGCUGUUUUGAAUGGCGCCGAAAGCGCGGGCUAUGACCGUACGAGGUACUUUCAACAGAUCAAUCAGCUUAAGGAGGACAUUUUGGGUAUGUCGUACCGUGAUAUCCUUCGCAAGGACUUCAAGCGUUGGGCAGAAGGGACGUUGGCAGUCGGCAUGUCAACAGUGCCACAAGGGUUCGAGUACGCCCUGAAUAACGUCGGGGACAAACACCUGUUCCUCAGCGCUCUACGUGAUUGGGCAGCGGAGCAGAAACUUGACAUUGCAGCUGUCAUGACUGUGUCAACAGUCAACGGGGUGUUCACCAGGGAGCUUCUGAUAUGGGGCUUCGAUGAAAACGCAGUGAAGGCAGUAAAGGCGUUCAAGGCAAAGUAUGGCGACGAGUUAGGACUUGAAAGGUGGCGAAACGGGGAGCUGGAUGGCAGCAACGACACACAAAGGGAACUGAGAGUGUGUUGGAUACAACGAAGUAUCAGGCACAGCAGGAAACAAGUGGCGCCGAUGCUGAGAGAAGCGAUGAAGGAUGCCGCAAAGCUGUGA